AAAAAUAUGAAAAUUGUACCUUGGGACAUUGUUGAAUGUACUAAAAGAACACAGACCGCAUUUAUAUAAUAGGUUGUUAUCACGUGAUAUAUAGAUCAAAUAGCUACUGACGUAAAGACACUAAUUUCGAAAAUGAAAGAACUUAAAGAAGCCGAGGAGGAAUGGAAAAAAGCCAAAUCUGAAGCAAUAAGACUACGUGAUUUUCAUAUAGAAAAUUUGUAUGAAUUAUUAUUAAAAUCAUCUUAUGAACGAAAUUAUUGUCGUGCUAGCAAAAUACUUGAAAUUUUAUUAAAAUGUCCCGAGUGUGAUUUGACUAGGAUUUGGCAGCCUGCUAUUGAAGUGUUGGCUACUCUAGAUCCUACUUCAACAGUUUUCAUCGAUUUCUUUAAUAUAAUGUUAUUAAAAAAUCAUACAAAGAAAAGAGAUGUUGGAGAAGUGGAUAAACAGAAGGUUAUAAUGGAAUUGGUUUUUUAUCAAGUAAAAUAUGGACAAACGAUCGAUGCUCUUGCAACUAUUGAAACAUAUUUGCCUCAAGAACCGUAUUGUAAUAAUCCACUCCUAUACGGUUAUGCAGGAUUAAUUUCAUUUUCGUUGUGGGAACAAUUAAACGCCAAAUUUAAAAAAUCGGAACCCGAAGUGGUUGGUUAUAAACCGCAAAAACGUAAAAAUGCUUCAAAAAUAAUUCUACCACCAAGGGAAAGAUCAAAACGAAAAAGAAAUGUUGAUGAAAAAGACGAUGAUUUCAUUGAAGUUGAUGAUCAAAUGAUGGAUCAACAUAAACGGUAUUAUGAAAAUAGUUUAAGGAAUUUUAGGAUGUCUUUGGAUAUGGAUAUGUCGAAUGAUAUGUUUCUAGUACAUUAUAUUAAGUUACUGUUAUAUAAGGAAGAGAUUGGAGAAGCUAUAAAUGUCAUACAAAAUUUCUGCAAUGAGAACCCAUCAAUUUUGACUGGACAUAGGCUUUUAUUUGAAGUCUUAUAUACAUAUGAAAGACUUAAAUAUGAAUGGGUUGAAGUAGGAAAGACGUAUCAUCGAAUUGAUCCGGUGAGUCCACCUGAUGAAGUGUUCAAUCCCUUAAUGGAACAUUAUACUCAAGUAAUAGAAAAAGAGCAAACUAACGGAGAAGAUAGGGAUAUUUUAACUGAUGCGUAUUUUAAUAUAUGUGAAUUACUGUUCCAACGUAUUGAAUAUGGAGACGAUAAUUCUAAUUAUUUAUAUAAAGCAAUAGAAUAUUUUGUGUGGUUAAAGUUAAGUGAUGUUAGGAUUGUUAUGUCUUGUUUGUUUAUUUAUUUGUUUGUUUGUUGGUAAUAAUUAAUCCCGAAUUUAUUAUUAUUAUUACUAAUUAGGCACUCUGAUAUAGACAAAGUUAAUGAAUUAUUAAAAAAUCGAGGUGAAUGGUUUAGACGAUUUUUAUUUUAUACAAACAAAAAGACGGUUAAAUCAUGGCGUGAAUUUCAAUGUUACAGAAUAUUAAAUGAAUGUUUAAGUGAUGAAUGUUGUUAUUUAGUAGAAAAAGUAAAAGAACAUAUUUUAUCAGGGAAAAAUUUUCAUACCGUUCUUUAUAAUUUUGAGAAGAAAAAAUAUUAUGGAAAUAUUGAUGGGAAUAUUGAUUGGAACGUUGAUUGGAAUACUUCAAAAUCAAGUGAUGAUGAUGUUAAUGAUGACAGCGAUAUCGACGAUGACGAUGAUGGUGAUGAUGACGAUGAUGACGAUGAUGAUGAUGAUGAUGAUGAUGGUGAUGAUGACGAUGAUGAUGAUGAUGAUGAUGAUGAAAUUGAUGAUGAUGA